AGAGGCACAAGGAUCAAUAAUUGAUCAAGAAAUUGUAGUACUUGACAAUAGGAUGGAGACACAAUCUACAAAUAAAGAGGAAGAUACAGAAAUCCAAAAUUUCAGCGAUGAAAAUUAUGAACCUAAUACUGAAGAUGUAGACAUGUCAGAAAAUAAGCCAGGAAACGAAAACGAAGGUGAGAAUUAUAAUGAAGCAAGAACAGUGGAUGAAGUAAUCAAAAGAAAAAGAAAACCAAAUAGACGGAAGUGGAAAAUGCAAGAAAAUAAAGCAAAACGACAGAAGGUAAAAGAUUACACAGGAGUUCGAAAAAAUGAAGAAGGGAAAUGGAUAGCAGACAAAGAGAGAGCCGCAAGAAUUCUUAAACCAGCUUGCAAUUGUAAGCUUAGUGCACAAAACACUAAACUUAAAUGUAGAAUGUUUUCUGAAAAUGACAGAAACAGUAUAUUUGAGCAUUUUUGGAAACGCAUGUCUUGGUCAGAAAAAAGAACAUUUAUUCAUACACUUGUUGAUGUUGUGCCCACAAAAGACAACAAAAAUCAAGUACAUGAAGUAUCACAUAAAGCAAAUACUUUGGUGUAUCACUUAAAAAAGGAUGAUAUGCGAUUAAGAGUGUGCCGAACUAUGUUAUUACAUACUUUGUCAAUUGGGUCAUGGUCCUUGCAAAAUUGGUCAAAGUCCGUAAGAAUACCAGAGCAAACUUUAAACAUACCAGAAAGAAAGAGUGGAAGGUUUGAAAAAGACAGGGUAGAGCUGAAAACUUUUUUUGAGAGUCUCCCAAAGAUGGAGUCUCAUUAUUGCCGUGCAUCAUCUAAGAAGUUAUAUUAGGAGCCAAUGUGGUAAUCAAAAAUGAGUCUGUUUAAUGAAUAUAAAAAAUAUUGCAAGAAUAUAAAAAAUAUUGCAAGAAUAAACAAAUUAAUUACAUGUCAAUCAAAACAUUUCACGAAACGUUUUCCGAAAUGAAUUUAGGCCUAUAUCGUCCCAAAAAAGACCAAUGUGAUAUAUGUGUAGGCUAUAAGACUGGAAAUAUAUUCGAGGAGAAUUAUAGGAGUCACAUUCAGAGAAAAGAUGCAGCCAGGGAUAAAAAGGCAAAAGACAAAGAAAAUGGUCAGCAACAGCAUGUUUAUACGAUGGACCUUCAGUCCACUUUACUUUGCCCCAUGUUGAAGGCCUCCUCAAUUUAUUAUAAAAAGAAAUUGGUUGUUCACAAUUUUACCAUCUACAAUCUUAAAACCAACGAUGGAUAUUGCUUCAUUUGGAAUGAAGCUGAAGGACAAAUAAGUGCAAACGAAUUUCCAUGCAUUAUUUACUAUUUUAUAAAGACCCUAGCUAACGUCAAACAGGGCGAAGAAAUAAUUUUAUACAGCGAUGGAUGUUAAUAUCAAAUCCGUAAUUCAACUUUGUCAAAUACGCUGUUACAUCUGGCUUUGGGACAGAA